AUGCUAACCACGAUCACCGAAGGAAUUCUUUGCUGCCUAACCGGGAAGGCUGCCCGUCUAGUUUUACCCUUGGAAUCGACAGAGCCCUCAGACGGAUUCGAGUUCGUGGAGGUGAAACCUGGACGGGUGCUGCGAGUGCGCCACAUCGUCCCAGAGCGUCAUUCUGUUGUCAAUGACCAGAACACUACUGAUGGUGAUGAACCUAAAAAUGACAGCAGUGGCGUCCACUGCAAGAGGAAGAUCACAGUGUAUCGUAACGGCCAGCUGGUGAUCGAGAAUCUCGGUGACGUUUUGCACUCUGAGAUCCUUCAGUGUCAGGAUGGCGAUCUGGAACCGUGCAGCACUGUAGAGGUGGAGCUAGCAGACUACAAAGAAUUAGCAUCUUCUCCGGACCCCAACCCGGUUCCCCCGUCUGUUCCUCCACCUUCUGGUGAGCAAAAACCCGCUCCCCCUCCUCGCCGCCGACGCCGGAAGCCCAAACGCACCGUGUUGAUCGACUCUAAUCGUGUGAUCUCGAGCUGCAAGGGGACACACUCAGACGUAGCACUGUUCUUUGUGCACGGUGUCGGUGGCUCGUUGGACAUAUGGAAUAGCCAGCUGGACUUCUUCUCUCGACUGGGCUAUGAGGUCAUAGCACCGGACUUGGCAGGUCACGGAGCAAGCACGGCGCCACAGAUUGCUGCGGCGUACACUUUUUACGCCCUUGCAGAGGACAUGCGUGCCAUUUUCAAGAGAUACGCUCGGAAACGCAACAUUCUCAUUGGCCACUCUUAUGGAGUGUCAUUUUGCACAUUCCUGGCCCACGAAUACCCUGACCUUGUCCACAAAGUGGUCAUGAUCAACGGAGGAGGUCCCACAGCAUUGGAGCCCAGCCUUUGUUCCAUCUUCCAACUCCCAUCGUGUGUCCUCCACUGUCUGUCUCCUUGUCUGGCAUGGAGUUUCCUCAAAGCUGGAUUUGCCCAUCAGGGUGCCAAAGAAAAGCAGCUGUUGAAGCAGGGCAAUGCCUUCAAUGUGUCUCCAUUCGUGCUGCGUGCUAUGAUGAGUGGCCAGUACUGGCCUGAGGGUGAUGAGGUCUACCAUGCUGAGCUCACAGUGCCCAUUCUAUUGGUUCAUGGCAUGUGCGACAAAUUUGUGCCCAUGGAUGAGGACCAGCGCAUGGCUGAGAUCCUCUUAUUUGCCUUCCUAAAAGUCAUCGAGGAAGGAAGUCACAUGGUGAUGAUGGAGUGUCCUGACACUGUCAACACACUCCUUCAUGAGUUCUUUCUAUGGGAGCCCGACACAUCGCGAAAAGAGCGCGUCAAGACAGACACCGAUAAGCCCGUGACAUUCACUGACACUCUCCACACACUCAGAAUCAACAAGUCCAUGGACAAAUAA